UUCCUUUCCCACUCCCACCGGCGACCCGAUUUCCCUUGAAAAAAUAAUGCAACUCACAGUUAUAGUCGGAUCGGACGCCCUCGCGGCGCUAAAAUCGGGCAGAUAAUAUAUAGUAUUGUCCACUAUAAUUGUUUCGCACCUCUAAGAAAAACCAAGAAAAUCUAGGAAAGUUGAGGGAAAUUAAAAAGUAGAGGAAGAAAACAGCAGCAAACCAAAACAAAACAAAGCGAUUUGCCUUUUGUUUUCGUUUAGUUCAGCACGCAACCACACAAAAAUGCAAAACUGGUUGGCUUCCCACGAUGGCGAUGAGGAUGCGAUGGCAGCGCCAUCCUCGUGUCCUUCGUCCUCGGAAAACGCCAGCCGAUUGGGAUCCCGAAGGAUCUUUGGCGAUAUAACAACCAACCGACUGUGGACUUUUAGGGUCCUGAUGAACCAGAAUCUGGCCGCCAACGAGCAGUUGGCCAUCGUGGGCAACUGUGAGGCCCUGGGAAAUUGGCAGCACUCGGGAGCGGCCCUCUUGUCCAAGGAGGAUGACGAUGAGGAUAGCAAUCUCUGGACGGGAGAGGUCUAUGUUCCGCGUCACUGCGACACUGAGUAUCGCUAUAUGGUCUGUGCCGUCGAUCCAAGUGCCGAGCAACUGAUGGUCCGUCGUUGGGAAACCCAAUUACAGCCUAGAACUAUCAAAGAACUGGAUGAGCGGCCCGCCAAGGAGCAAACGGAUAUAUUUGGAUCGUUCAGGGGCCAGGAGAAGGUGGAUCGGGGAUGGCUGACGAAGGAGACUCUGGUCCAGCUCAAGUUCUUUUAUGCCCCGUUCACGUUUAAGCAGCGCAUGAAGAGAAGGCAUAUACAGGUGAAGGUUACGCCCAUGAACCUGAGUAUUCCGAGUGCCAGUUGUGAGUCCCUCACGCCCCUUUCGCCUCUGGAGGACUCCCUGUCGAAUGACACGCACGACACCAAGGAGAACGGCGGAGAAUCCUCCACGGCCUUUGCCUUCAGCGAGGUGGUCACCUUGAGUGCCGACGAGUGCGAAAUCAAAGCGCAGGAGCAGUUUGGCACGGCCUGUGGACCCACCGACUUGGUUAUAUUCCAUCUGACCGUCGGAGACUUUGAAAACACCGCUUAUCUGAUUGAUUUGUACAGCUACAGCUCUCGAGUCGCCAAAGAAGAUGGACCGCCGAAUCACUUGGGCUAUCACUAUGUGCUGCCCAAUCUUUUCAAGCGUUCCGAGGGCAACUUGGAGCUGCCAAUCACCUGUGCCAAGGGCCAUCGACCUCUGGGAAUGAUGCGACUGGGCUAUCUUAUCGUAAAGCCCUCCUCGCAAUGUGCACACAUGGAUAUGAGUGUCAGUUAUGCCCGAUACUGGAACAAGAAGUGGAGGGGUCUGGAUGUGGGUCAUCGUGGUUCGGGAACCAGCUUCAAGGCCAAGGAUGCUGUGAUUCGAGAGAACACCAUUACGUCCUUGAAGAAUGCCGCGGAUCAUGGUGCCGAUAUGGUGGAGUUCGAUGUUCAGCUCAGCAAGGAUCUGGUGCCGGUGGUGUAUCACGAUUUCAUGAUCUAUGUCUCCCUAAAGUCCAAGUGCAGCAUGCAGGAACACGAUUUCCUGGCCCUACCGAUGAGGGAGCUAACGCUGGAGCAGUUGAAGAAACUGAAGGUCUAUCACAUAGCCGAGGGUCUUUCCAGGGAAACGCGCUCAUUUCACAACGAUGACUUGCUGGAGCACCAACCCUUCCCCCAGUUAGCCGACGUUCUGGACGCCCUGGAUGUCCAUGUGGGCUUCAAUAUAGAAAUUAAGUGGUCCCAAAGGCUAGAGGACGGCAAAAUGGAGGAGGAAUUCGAGCAUGUGGUGGAUAGAAAUCUCUAUAUCGAUUGUAUAUUGGAUGUGAUCCUGCGAAAGGCUGGGAAUCGCAGGGUGGUUCUUAGUUGUUUUGAUCCUGAUAUCUGUACCAUUCUGAGAUUCAAGCAAAAUCGAUUUCCCGUCAUGUUUCUAACGCUUGGCAGGACUACGAAGUACAAGCAGUAUUUGGACCCCAGGGGUAACUCCAUGGAACUGGCCGUUUGGCAUGCGGUGGCCAUGGAGUUCCUGGGCGUUGUGGCACACACGGAGGACCUGCUGCGAGACCCCAGUCAGGUGAAUCUGGCCAAGGAGCGCGGCUUGGUGCUAUUCUGCUGGGGCGACGACAACAACUCCAAGGACACCAUCAAGCUGUUGAAGGAGCUCGGCCUGCACGCCAUCAUCUACGACAAAAUGGACGUGCUGACCACCAAGGAGGUCAAGCAAAGCGUUUUCCACCUUCAGGCCAAGGACAGCCAGAAGGAGCUGCUCAAAUUGCAGGCCCUGGAAAUGGGACAUGUCUGGCACACCACGCCCGACGGAAACGAGGAACAGCAGGCCUAGGCAUUGGACUUUGGAUCCUCUAUACUAUUUUAUACUCAUCUUUAUGUACGCAAAUACCGCUUUGCUAGGACCAAAACUCAUUUUUCCACAUCUGCCGUCACCAUUUCCCCAUUUCGUCACUUAGCAAAAUGCAUUUGAUUUUUAUAAAUAGUUUAAUUAAAAUUGUACUUAAUAUCUGCCCAACCAAAAUAGAAACUUUUUUCUCUAAAUCAAGCGCUUAAUUGCUUGCCAAUUUAAUUCAACCGCUCUGUACUUCAGUUCUUACGUUCCCAAAUCUUUUAUAAAACAACUUUAAAGAACAA